UCCUAGUUGUGAGAAAUGCCAGCUGUUCAUUGUAGAUGUAGCAACAACACCUCGCUCCCCCUGUGCUAUGAGUCUGCGCGUCCACUUGCUGUAACUAUCAUCCCUUGUCUGUUGGCUUUGAGCACAGUUUUAGUGGUGGCUCUGAUUUUCUACAGACUCUACAAGAACAGAGCACCUUACCCUGACCUGCCUGAAACUAACAAGUUUAUGGAGCGGGUCCUCUUCCACGCAGUGUGUAAACCUGAGAACGUGGUGCGGAUGUUGUACUGUUGGACCAAGCGUCUGCCCAUGUCUGGGAACCUCCUUUACUUCCUCUGGACGCUCCGAAAUAAUUCUAACAUUGCAUAUCCAUUGCUGAACUUUGAGGGGUCAGCGUUUCUGGUGGCAAAGCAGGUUGCAGCUGGCUUGGAUUACCUGAUGUCAGAGCACAGGUUGGUGCAUGGUGAUGUCACAGCCAGGAACAUCUUGCUUGGCACAGGUUUCUCAGCCCGGGUGUCUGGGCUGGGCGUGGCAUUUGGAGGACACAGAAUGGGUCCACCAAGUAGGCAGAGGGCAGCAGAGGUGCCUUUGAAAUGGCAGGUUCCAGAGAAGAUCAUGAUGCAGCUCACUAUCAACAGGAGCGGCUUGUAAUUGCAGAGUCAGGGCUAGGAAAAUGAGAAUUAAUGGUUCCAAAACAUUAACAUUCUUUUCCCCAGGGAGGUCAUAUGGAAUCUUACUGCAUGAACUGAUAACAAUAGGUAAAGCUGCACGUUCUGUUAUCUGGAAGUAAAUUAUUUAAGCCAUCAGUUCAUCCUUUGCACAUUUUAGCAACUUUUAAACUGCGUUUUUAAAUGUCUAGUCAAAAAAAAAUUGGAUCGUGACACCCAAUUUUCACGGCACAUUAACCAUUAACUCACACACAGCUGCGGCUCAGUGGUAGAGUGGUUGCCUGCCAAUUGGAAGGUUGGUGGUUCAAUUCCUGGCCCUGUGGUUGAAUGCAUGUUGAAGUGUCCUUGGGCGAAACACUGAACCC